AAUUGUUUAUUAAGAAAAACAUCACAUACAUUUUUUAGGUUUGUAUUUUUUUGUUUAAACAAACGAGUAUUAGCACAGAAAUUGCCCGAAUAAGCCGUAUUAUAAUUGCAACAUAAGUUAUAGGAGAUCAGUGCGGAAGCGAUGUCCUCAUCGCACCUAUGAUUUUUAAGAGUACAAAAGUACGUCCCGCGCGAAAGGAUCCAUCCCAUCGCCAUCCGCGGUUUCGCGGUGCUUCCCCACCUUGCAUCCCGAGGAACAGAGGAAAAAAGGGGGCUGCUCGAUCCGGAGGAGGUCGAAGGAUGAGCGCGGGAGCUCAUCCCUGGUGGGGGCGUAUCAGCACUCGGGGUGCUACCCAAGGAUAUAUAUGCCGAUGAAGUUACUUCCACCAUCAGUCACUGUCUUGACUUACCUCAGCACUGCGGUGUGUUUUAUAUACGUACGGAUCGGUUGGGUGAGUCUACACGACACCACUUCAUCCCCCUAAUGGCACCCACGAUCGCGCUUUUGUCCGCCGCUCGACUUUGCGAGUUCUCCCGUCUGCCGCACGAAUCGGAUCCCUUUUUUUUUUUCGGUUACGACCCGAGUGUUCAACCCCGAGAACCGAGUUCGUUAUUACAUUUUUCCUGUCUAAUGCAUCUGUGCGCGCAUAUCCCAACGUGGCACCGAUAACACGCACGAAUGACCCGACGAAGGUCCCGAGUUUUCCGUGCGCAAUACUCGGGGAUCGAACGAAGAACGAACGCAGUGUAUUAAAGCAAAAGACGGUCAGUGAUUUCCAUUCGAGCGUUUCUCGGCAUUCCAUUUUUUUGUAAAUAUGUUCAACAUUAAGCCCUUGUAUACAAAAAUGGGCGACGUAAGUUAUAAUAGUAAGAGCAAGCGUGCAUGCUCAACCAAGUAAUUUACAACAUAAGGAACAUAAAAAAAAUAUCAAAAUUCUUUCCUUUUAGCAUUGCAAACCACACGCUAUCACAUUAAAUAUCUGUAUGUAUUUAUAAUUUCAAUAAAGUAUUCAUAUUUUACAAAAAAAGAUUUUAUGAAGAAAUAUUCAUUAAUUUUAAUGUUUAAAGCCUUUAUUAUUUAUCGUUUAAGCUUCCGAUUUAAUAUUCGCAUAAAAAUCAAUCAAUGUAAUGUAAGUGUGCAAAGGUUUUAUUAUAUUUCAUUAUCAUUAUAUUUUAACAACAAAUAAUAAAAAAUUUUAGAUAAAAUUUAAUUGUGGCCAGAAUAUAUUUUUAAAAUUAUUGCCAAUUAUAAUAAUUUUGAUGCUUUAAUGUUCAUUUUUUGAAACAUCCCUAAACACUAACUACGUACCUAUAACUACUAACAUAUAAAACAGAUGAAUCGAUGAUUGCAUUAUCUUUUCAGACUCGCCCACUCCUUGAGGGUGCUUGCGCCAGCAAACAUGCGGCUACGCUUGCUCUGUAUCGUUUUGCUGGCUGUCACUCGUACAGCUCUAUCACAGGCUGAUGAGGGAUAUAAUUACCCUAGGCCAACAAACCAGCUUAUACCAGGUACUUCAGGUGGAGAACCCGGUACAAGACCAGGAGGAUUUCCAAGUUCCCCCGGAGGAUAUCCUGGUGGUCCAGGUGCACCUGGAGGCCCAGUAGGACCAGGAGCUCCUGGUGGACAACCUGGAAGACCAAAUGGUUAUCCAUCAGGACCAUCAGGUUUUCCAGGACGUCCAGGAGGUACUCAACCAGGAGGACAGCAGCCUAGUUUUCCAUCAGGUCAAGGACCUUCCGGUGGAUAUCCUAGCGGACGACCAUCAAUUCCGUUUCCGAGCGGUGAACCAACAGGAAGACCAGGAACAGGUCCCGGUACACCAGGUGGACGACCAGAGGGGUUUCCAACAGGACCAAGCGGUGAAUAUCCUAGUGGAAGACCUGGGCAAGCACCAGGAGGGUUUCCAAGUGGACAAAGACCUUCUGGAUACCCGAGUGGUGGGCCCGGACAAGAAAAACCAGAAGGUCCUGGUUAUCCCAAUGGUCGGCCAGGAGGACAAGGGCCAAAUGGAGGAUAUCCCGGCGGACAAGCUCCUGGAGGUUAUCCUGGUGAAGUACAGAAGCCUAGUGGCCCGGGAAGUGGAUAUCCUAUUGGAAGGCCAGGAACUGGCUAUCCUGGAGGUACUCAAAGACCUGGUGGUGGUCCAGGUCCUCAAGGACCAGGCGGUUAUCCAGGACCAGAUCAGCAAGGACCAGGUAAACCAUCUACUGGUUUUCCUAGUACUAGACCAGGAGGGCAAAGACCAGGAGGGUACCCAAGUGGUCCAGGACCGCAAGGACCAGAAGGAUAUCCAAGCGGGCCAGGUAGUUAUCCAAGUGGCCCAAGCUCACAAGGACCAGGAGGAAUUCCAGGUAGACCAGGAACGCCAGGACCAGGAGGAUUUCCAGGUGGCCCAGGAACGCAAGGACCAGGAGGAUUCCCAAGUGGUCCAAGCCCGCAAGGACCGGGCGGUUUCCCAGGUACUGGCCAUCCGGUAAGUCCUGGCGGACCCGGAGGACAUGGAGAAUACACUCCUGAAGAUGAUGGCUCAUAUGACGAAGGUGACUAUUCAGCUAUUCCUGGCGAGCCUGGUCGCGACUAUCCUAUAUACAGUGAAAUUCCGGAGACCAGUUUUCGCUGCGAUGCCCAACAAUUUCCUGGUUAUUAUGCCGACGUAGAAGCCCAGUGCCAAGUUUUUCACAUAUGUGCCAACAAUAAGACUUACGAUUUCCUUUGUCCGAACGGAACAAUUUUCCAUCAACAAUUUUUCGUUUGUGUAUGGUGGAAUCAAUUCGACUGUAACUCUGCGCCAAGCCUUUAUAAUUUAAAUGAAAAUCUUUAUGACUAUACCAUAAUGGGAACACAAGGUCAAAGACCUUCAGGACCUGUGGGACCUUCCGGACCUAGUACUUAUCCAGGAGGUCCAGGUACGCCUAGUGGACCAAGUGGUCCAGGAGGUUCGCAACGUCCUGGUGGUCCAGGUUAUCCAGGAGAGCUUCAAGCCCCGAGUGGUUAUCCAGGAGGACCUCAAGGUCCAUCGGGACCAAGCGGUUAUCCAGGAGGACCUCAAGGUCCGUCAGGACCAAGUGGUUAUCCCGGAGGACCUCAAGGGCCAUCAGGACCUCAAGGUCCGUCAGGACCGAGCGGUUAUCCAGGGAGACCCUCAGGUCCUUCAGGACCAAGUGGUCCUCAAGGUCCAACAAACGGUUUUCCUGGACGACCAUCCGGUCCAGGACCACAAAAUCCAUCUGGUCGACCAGGACCCGGAUAUUUAGGUCCGUCAGCUGGUCCGUCCGGACCUAGUACUUAUCCAGGAGGCCCAGGCGCUCCUAGUGGUCCAAGUUAUCCAGGAGGUCCGCAACGCCCUGGUGGUCCAGGACCUCAAGGACCAAGCGGGCCAGGAUAUCCUGGACGACCUUCUGGACCUUCUGGACCAUCGACAAGACCUCAAGGACCUAGUGGUCCGAGUUACCCGGGAUCAGGUGGACCAUCUCCAGGAUAUCCAGGACAACCGCAAGGACCAACUGGUCCGCAGGGUCCAAGCGGCUUCCCGAGUGCACCCGGUGGUCGUCCACAAGGUCCUAGUGGUCCAGGCGGAUAUCCUAGCGGUAGACCAAGCGGUCCAUCGUUUCCAAGUGGUCCUUCUGGACCAGGAGGUAUCCCUGGAAAACCCGAGACGGGUUCGCCAUUCCAGCCGCAAGGCCCUGCGAAGCCGGAUCGUGAGUACUUGCCGCCGCGGAUUGGAUAAACAUGAAGAUAAACUUUCAGUCGGCAUCUAACAAUAAUUCCCAUCAUUGUUAGUGCCAAAUGACACUGGAGUGUAAAUACGAGCCUCUAUUCUUGCGUAAUCUAAGUGAUAUCGAUUAUUCGUAUUGCAUUUAUUUUUACGUAUAGAAAAUUCGAUUAUUAUGCUUUACCGUUUUCUAUCCUUUACUCAUCCUUUCUGCAAGGUUUCCACGCAUGUAAUUGAUAUCGUCGCUUACAUGUGCUUCCAAUUAACUUACUAAUAAAAUAUAUAUUUAUAAAAUAUAUAUACAUGCAAAAUAUAUAAAACAUAUUUUGAGAUUAUCAUUAAUA